AUGGAUCACCUGACUGCGCUCUUCCAGGAGAUGUGGCGUCAAGGCGAAGUCCCGCAAGAUUCCAAAGACGCAACAAUCGUGCACCUAUACAAGCGAAAAGGGAAUCGUCAAGUCUGCGACAAUCACCGCGGCAUCUCCUUGCUGAACAUCGCCGGGAAGAUCUUCGCUCGCAUCCUUCUCAACCGCACCAAUAACCACCUGGAACAGGGCCUUCUGCCGGAAAGCCAAUGCGGCUUCCGUCGUCAUCGUGGGACCACGGAUAUGAUCUUCGCCGCCCGUCAACUUCAGGAGAAGUGUCAGGAAAUGCGGACCCACCUAUAUUCUACCUUCGUGGACCUGACGAAAGCCUUCGACACGGUGAAUCGUGAAGGACUGUGGAAGAUCAUGCCGAAAUACGGCUGUUCGGAGCGAUGCACUCAGAUGGUGCGUCAGCUACACGACGGUAUGAUGGCGCGAGUUACGGACAACGGUACUGUCUCAGAGGCAUUCGUAGCGACCAACGGAGUAAAUCAGGGAUGCGUGCUGGCGCCUACCCUCUUCAGUCUUAUGUUCUCUGGCAUGCUGAUGGACGCCUACUGCGACGAACGCCCCGGAAUCCGCAUCGACUACCGGAAGGACGGUCGUCUGCUGAAUCAACGGCGCAUGAACUUCCAAUCGCGUGUAUCCACAGCCACCGUGCACGAACUCCUCUUUGCCUACGACUGCGCCCUGAACACCACCUCGAAAGAGGAGAUGCAACGGAGCAUGAACCUGUUCUCCGCCGCCUGCGAGAACUUCGGUCUGGUCAUUAACACGCAGAAGACGGUGGUGAUGCACCAACCUCCGCCCAAAUCAGCCACAGCCCCCAACGCGCCGCAAAUCAGCGUGAACGGAACCCAACUGCAAGUGGUGGAGAACUUCCUGUAUCUGGACAGUACCCUGUCCCGCAACACCAAGAUCGAUGACGAAGUCGCCAACAGGAUCUCGAAAGCCAGACAAGCCUUCGAACGCCUCCAAAGCAGUCUGGAAUCGUCAGGGUCUCCAACUGUGCACGAAACUGAAGAUUUACUAGGCCGUCCUCCUGUCGACGCUACUGUAUGGAGCAGAGACCUGGACGGUGUACACGAGACAGGCACGUCGACUGAACCACUUCCAUCUCAGUUGUCUUCGUUGCAUCCUGAGGCUGAACUGGCCGGACCGCAUCCCCGACACCGAUGUGCUGGAACGAACGGGAAUCCUGAGCAUCUACUCCAUGUUGAGACAAAUGCAGCUGCGCUGGAGCGGCCACCUGUUGCGCAUGGACGACGAGCGACUACCCAAACGACUCUUCUACGGAGACGUCGCGACGGGUUCUCGCCGUCAAGGAGGCCAAAUUCGCCGUUACAAGGAUACCCUGAAGUCCUCCCUGAAGCGCCCGCAAAUCAACCAGACCAACUGCGAAGAGCUCGCUCGCGAUCGUCCGACAUGGAGGAGAACAGUGAAGACGGGGGCUGCUAUCUAUGAAACCAACCGAAUCGCUGCCGCCAAAGCGAAACGCGAAGCCCGCAAAUCACAAAUUCGCCCAGUCCGCCACGCCGCUGCACCACCGCUUCCAACGUGUCCUCGAUGUCAACGGAUAUUCCGGGCUCGAAUCGGACUUAUUGGACAUCUUCGGACCAACUGCGCCUUUCGAACUACUCCAGUUAACGUCCCUCUGCCCACCUCUUCCUCGUCCUCUCUGCCGCCAAUUAACUCUGACAAUCCUUUUGUACCACCACCACCUCCAUCCUCCUCCUCCCCCUCCUCCUCCUCCUCGUCCUCCUCCUCCUCCUUCUCCUCCUCCUCGUCUAAUGCCUCAUCGACGACCGCUCAGGCGACUGUCGCGCACGACAUUACCGCACGCAUCCCUGACACACCACCAGGCAUCAUCCCUUCAGUCUCCGGCUCCAGACGUGAGGACCAGGAAUACUCCUGCCCUGACUGCGACCGCACCUUCACUUCACGCAUCGGCCUGGUCGGUCACUUGCGAAUCCAUCGCACAGAGACCGGCGAACCAGUGCCUGGAGCACCAACCUACACCCACCGCACUCGCCUCCACUGUCCUCACUGCCCUCGCACCUUCACUCAUCGCAUGGGUCUAUUCGGCCACAUGCGCAUCCACGAGAGCGGAAUUGACCACAAUUCCGAUACACCAACCACACCCAUCAUGCCCAGCACAACCCGCGCACCACUUGCGAAUCCAUCGCACAGAGGCUGA